AUUAUGAUAAUAACACUAAAACUAGACGGCAAUCUGGCACUAGCUUUUACUUGCCGGAACCAGGAACUAUACUACACAGUGUUGGCAAAUACACCUGGGCUGUAGAGCAUAUGGGAAGAGAGGUACGGGUGCGACAAGAUCGAUUAUUGCUAUGCUCAGAUCAAGAUGAACUACCGCCAACCCCAGAUCAGGCUGAUAUUACAUCAGACAGUGAUCUGGAUGACAUGUUACUAUGCACAGAUCAAGAUGAGCUAUCGUCAACCCCAGAUCAGACCGACACUGAAUCAGACAGUGAUCUGGAUGACAUGUUACUAUGCACAGAUCAAGAUGAGCUAUCGUCAACCCCAGAUCAGACCGACAUUGCAUCAGACAGUGAUCUGGAUGAUAUAUUAUAA